AUUUUGUAUUUUGUAUCCAAAGGAUCCUAAAAUAUCCCUGAUGCCUGCUGAUUGGUCGUUUACAGUACAGUACAAUGUACUCAAUAGUGAAAAAUAUCGCAUACUUUAGCUUUCUGUAAAUCUCUAAUUUCUGUGAAUUUCACUAAAGAGAAACACCUAGCGACCAAAAAAUUGUCAAUUACACAAGGCACAUUAUGCAUUUAGUUUGAAUUAAAAUUACAUGAUUUAUUUAUGUACACAACUCUGCAGACUGAAGAUUAGGGUUGGAAUUCAUACUGGUAGCCUGGUGGGCGGUGUGGUUGGCGUUAAGAUUCCUCACUACUCUAUAUUCGGAGAGGCUGUAGACAUGGCAGGAAUUAUGGAACAGACAAGUCAACCAAUGAAGAUUCACAUGUCUGAGUCGACGAGCCAGCUGUUGAGUGAAGUUGGAGGAUUUAACUUUAUAUCCAGAGGGAUUGUGGAUUUACCAAAGGU